AUGGCGAUGAACAUCCCAUUCCUGGCCUUCCACUUGAGGUCUCGGAAUGCCGCCAUACGCGAAUCGUCCUGGGGAGAACUGCGACGUGCAAUUCUGAACCGAGCAACUGCUUCUAUGGAGAGUCCGAAUUGGAGCAAAUACACCGAUACCAACAACUGGUCUGAAGACGACCUCAAGUUUGCCGUCACGCGACGUGAUGCUCCCUACAGACCCCUCAGGGGCUCCAAAUUCAACUCGCAACGCCCGUCUACCCAAGCCCUGCUCCCCACGCUCGAACACAACACUACGUUGGGUUCUCUCGAAGUUCUAUCGAACGAGAUCCUCAGCCAGAUUAUUGACGACCUCGAACUUCGCAGCCUCUUGGCAUUCUCUAAAACCUGCCGCCUUGCCCAUUACGUCGUCGAGACCAACGCGAGCUACAGGAUGGUUAUGCAGUAUCUCCCUCGUAUUCGUGAGAUCCUCGUGCAGACUGCCCUUGACCCAUGGGUGCCCCUACGUGCUCUUCGAACUGAGCUUGAAUGGCCUUACUGCCGAGACUGCAAGCGAAACGGCUCCGCUGAGACAAACGGUCCACUCCUUUAUGUCCCGACCUGCGAGCGUGUGUGCUACAAGUGCCUUAGAGAAAACUACGGCUUCUGGCUCAUAAAGGCCAUCGACGCCUGCAACGGUUUCGCUCUCAACAUUGAGGACUUGCAAAAGAUCCCUUACCUCAUCUGCACUGACAGAGUGAUUCCGCAAGGUAAACUCAAGAUUGUGGAGGAGGAACAUAUCCUCAUCCCGAUAAAAUGUGCCAUCUUGGCUGCAAUGCGUAAAUGGGGCACGAUCGCGGAAUGCUUCGAGCAAGCUGAAAAUAUCAGCCCAGACCGGGGCCGCUUCCCCAACCCCAAAGAUAAAAUCACCGGCAACAUGUACCGUUAUUUCCGAGAGCAGAGGGACUUCCCCGAGUACGGCUGGGUUCACAGUCAGCCAAUCGUUACGUCUUUCGACUGCAGCACUACUCGCUUCCCAAGGAAUGCAUUCCCAGAGCCCCAAGACACCUUCUAUGGCUGGGCGCAUGUCGAGAUGCCCUAUGUCAAGAGCUUCCUUGAAGGCACCAUCCCCGCUACUUCUGCCGGGGCUGUGAAUGGCGCUUCAAGUAUCGGCUUCCUCUACGCCCCAUUCAUCUGA